CCUCCCAACUCUGGCCCCGCGCGCCGCCGCCGCCGCCGCCCACUCCAGCCCGGGGCCUGGGGCCGGCCCUGCCACGGUCGCCAGGGCCACCGCCAGAGGCAGGGCCGGGCCGGGCCGCACCCGCAGUUUCACUUUGGCGCGUGGAGCCUCCGCCUGCGCCCGGCCGACCCUCCGCGUCCCCGCGUCUUCGCGCCCGCGUUCCCGCCCUCGGCCUCCCGUGGGGCUGCAGGGGAGCAGCCGUGGGUCCCGGUCCCGGAGGCACGCGCGGGACAGCGUCGUGUCCGCCCCACGUCCCUCGACGGAGGGGCUGUGCCCGGGGGCCAGGCACCUGUUCGGCCCAGCCCCGCGCGGGAGCCCAGGGCCAGGAUGAAAGUGACAGUGUGCUUCGGGAGGACGGGCAUCGUGGUGCCCUGCAAGGACGGCCAGCUGCGGGUCCGCGAGCUCACCCAGCAGGCGCUGCAGCGGUACCUGAAGACCCGGGACCAGGAUCCUGGAUACUGGGUGAAGAUUCAUCACUUAGAAUACAGAGAUGGAGGAAUCCUGGAUCCGGAUGAUGUCUUAGCAGAUGUUGUUGAAGACAAAGAUAAGCUGAUUGCUGUGUUUGACGAACAAGAGCCACUCCAAAAGAUUGAGAGCCCCGGUGGAAACCCUGUGGAUCGGCAGAGCCCAGACGCUUUCGAGACAGAAGUAGCUGCCCAACUGGCUGCAUUUAAACCGGUCGGCGGGGAAAUCGUAGUAACCCCUUCUGCUCUGAAGUUAGGCACUCCACUGCUGGUUAGGAGAAGCAGUGACCCAGCACCAGGGCCCCAUGCUGAUGCCCAGCCAAGCACUGCAAGCCUGAGUGGCCAGAGUUUGAAACCUGUUGUUCUGGAUUCCGCCCAGAACGUGGAAAACAAAGAAGUUAUGAAUGGUGAACAGGCAGGGCUGCUUUCGCUGCACAGAACGAGGGAUGAGCUGAGUGAUAUGACGAGAGCUGUGGAGAUUUCUGGGGAAGGAGACCCCCUGGGGAUUCAUGUGGUGCCCUUCUUUUCAUCUCUGAGUGGACGGAUCCUAGGACUCUUCAUCCGAGGCAUUGAAGAAAACAGCAGGUGCAAGCAGGAGGGACUAUUUCAGGAAAAUGAGUGCAUUGUAAAAAUCAACAACGUGGAACUCCUGGACAAAACUUUUGCUCAGGCCCAAGAUGUCUUCCGCCAGGCAAUGAAAUCUCCCAGUGUGAUUCUCCAUGUGCUUCUGCCUCAAAACCGUGAACAAUAUGAAAAAUCAGUCAUUGGCCCACUCAACAUUUUUGGCAACAAUGACGGGGCUUCGAGAACAAAGGCACCACCUCCUGCCCGUGGGAAACCAGGACUGAAAGCAGUACAUCUAACAAGAGCAAGCAGUCCUGAAGGAGAAGAGUCAGCCUCCCCGCAGCAAAGCAAGAGCCCCCGAGUUCCAAGACUAGGAAGAAAACCUUCCUCUCCCCCACUCUCUCCUCUCCUGGGGUUUGGCAGCAAGAAAAAUGCAAAAAAAAUUAAGAUUGACCUAAAGAAAGGCCCUGAGGGACUUGGUUUCACUGUGGUAACCAGAGAUUCUUCUAUACAUGGUCCUGGUCCCAUUUUUGUAAAAAACAUCUUACCAAAAGGAGCAGCAGUAAAGGAUGGCCGCCUACAAUCAGGGGACAGAAUUUUGGAGGUAAAUGGCAGAGAUGUUACAGGAAGAACCCAAGAAGAACUCGUGGCCAUGUUAAGGAGCACCAAGCAGGGAGAGACAGUGUCAUUGGUCAUUGCCCGCCAGGAAGGGAGCUUCCUGCCCCGAGAGCUGAAAGGAGAACCUGAUUGUUGUGCACUCUCCCUGGAGUCAAGCGAGCAGCUCACCUUGGAGAUCCCCCUGAAUGAUUCUGGCUCUGCUGGCCUGGGGGUUAGUCUGAAAGGGAAUAAAUCUCGAGAAACUGGAACUGACUUGGGGAUUUUUAUCAAAUCCAUUAUCCAUGGAGGUGCUGCUUUCAAGGAUGGCCGUCUCCGAAUGAAUGACCAACUGAUUGCUGUUAACGGGGAAACUCUGCUGGGAAAGUCCAACCACGAAGCCAUGGAAACACUCAGGCGCUCCAUGUCCAUGGAGGGAAACAUCCGGGGCAUGAUCCAGUUGGUGAUUCUGAGGAGACCCGAGAGACCCCUGGAGGAGCUCUCAGAAUGUGGAGCACUUUCCAGACCAGGCUUUGAGAACUGUCAAGAAGCUCUGAGUACCUCCAGGCGAAAUGAUAGUAGUAUAUUAUAUCCGUUUGGCACCUAUAGUCCACAAGAUAAAAGGAAAGACCUAUUGCUUCCCAGUGAUGGGUGGGCUGAGAAUGAAGUACCGCCGUCCCCGCCACCACAUCCUGCUCUGGAAUGGGGCCUUGAAGAUUUCAGUCACAGCUCUGGAGUGGAUUCCACAGGAUAUUUUCCAGAUCAACAUGCCAACUUCAGAAUGGUGACACCAGUCAGGCAGCCCGAAUUGAUUAACCUGAAAGCCUCCAAGAGCAUGGACCUUGUGCCAGAUGAAGGCAAAGUUCAGUCGCUGGCUGAUCGCAGAUCAGACUCUCCAGGCAAAGAUUUUGGUCCAACUUUGGGUCUGAAAAAGUCCAGUUCCUUGGAGAGCCUACAGACGGCUGUGGCUGAAGUCAGGAAGAAUGACCUACCCUUCCACAGGCCCAGACCACACAUGGUGCGAGGCCGAGGCUGCAACGAGAGCUUCCGAGCAGCCAUCGACAAAUCAUACGAUGGGCCAGAAGAGGCAGAUGCGGAUGGUCUGUCUGAUAAGAGCUCUCGCUCAGGCCACACAACUCUGAAUUGUGAGUCUGCCCCUCAGGGAAACCCCGAGCUAGACAAUGUGGAAAAUAAAGCCAAGAACAUCAAAAAAACAAAAGAGAAGGAGAAGAAAAAAGGAAAGGGCAAGCUGAAAGUCAAGGAAAAAAAGCUGAAGGAGGAACGUGAGGACGCAGAGAGGAAAAUGAAGAGGAAGGGCUUUGGUGCCAUGCUGAGAUUCGGAAAGAAGAAAGAUGAUAAGGCCGGGAAGGCUGAGCAGAAAGGUACUCAGAAGUCUGGGCACCCGGAGGAAGAAGAGCUGGAAAGAAUGAAAGAAGAAAGAGAGAGGAUUGGAGCAAAACAUCAGGAGCUAAGGGAAAAGCAAGCAAGAGGCCUUGUUGAUUAUGCCACGGCAGUGACUGGACCAAUGCACGAUAUGGACGAUGACGAAAUGGACCCCAAUUAUGCCAGAGUGAACCACUUUCGGGAACCAUGUGCAUCAGCAAAUGUCUUUAGAUCUCCAUCUCCCCUUCGAGCUGGACCACUUGCUUACCCUCGGGAUGGGCGUCCACUGUCUCCAGACCACUUAGAGGGUCUCUAUGCCAAGGUCAACAAGCCAUAUCAUCCACCAGCCCUAGCUGACAGUGGCCGACCCAUGGCUGGAACCACUGACCGCAUCCAGAAGCUUCGGAAGGAGUAUUACCAGGCUCGGAGAGAAGGGUUCCUUUUGUAUGAAGAUGAAAACACAAGAGCACGCCCAUCUGACCAUGACCUCCGCUGGGUGUCUGGAAAGGGUCCAGAUGGGAGCGCACACAACCUCCGCUUUGAGGGGAUGGAGCGGCAGUACGCAUCCUUACCCAGGGGAGGCUCAGCAGAUCCCGUGGACUACAUGACAGCUUCACCCCGAGGGCGCUACAAUGACAGAGAGCUUCCAUACUACCCAGGGCCUCAUCCUGUACAUGCCCCAAGGGGGAGCUAUCCCCGCCCCCCAGAUCUGAGGGCAACAGAUCUACGAUACCCACAGUACUACCCACCCCCACCAGCCCAUCAGCACAAAGGGCCCUUCAGACAAGAUGUUCCCCCUUCACCACCUCAGCACCAGCGAGUACCGGUCUACCAGGAGAUGGGCAGAGCAGGGCCCCGAGGGAGCAGCCCUGACCAGUACCCCUACCGUAACCAGGAUCCCAGGCAGAAGAAUCCCAUGACUGCAGCAGUAUAGCUGAACAUCACAGAGAUCUGCCAAGCAAAGAGGACAUCCAACACCAUCUUUGCCGUUGCUAGAACCUAAGGCCUUCUCUGGGCUAAGGUGUUCCGUGGUACAGAGUGGCUCUUGCUUCCUGAGGAUGCGUGGCCUAACUGCUAAUCAGAAGAGAAAAGAGGGACAGGGGUUUGAGGAUGUAGACUCAAAAUAGAAGAAGGAUGCAGUCAUAAAAACAGUACUUCCUGAUACUUGAAAGGCUUUCAGGAUUGGUUGAUUCGGUGAGAAUGACAACUGAUUAACAAUCAAUGGAGCUAUACUAUAGUAGCCCCUGGCUGGAAAGCCAGUGCUACAUACAACACCCACCCCCCCCACACACACACACACACAUAGUACAAGCUAUAGCAUAGAGGUAAAGGUCUCUCUCUGUCACGCCCAGUCACCCAUUCAGAGACUCAGCCCUAUACUUGGAGGUGUGAGACCUACAGACUGGCAGAGCAGAGAGGCUGCAGAUAUUCACAGAGAACAAAGCAACCACGUACAUGACUAGUGACCUCUUGGAAACCUUCGACCCAAAGGAAGACUGUAUUUCCUUAUUUGUGGUCUAGCUUGGGUUCCUGGUACUACUUGUUUGAUACCAGCCUUUUUUGCACUUCCUUGCUUUUGAUAUAAAAAGACAGUAAUUUGAAUUUGAAUGCAGUAUUAGUGUCCUGGGAGGAUGUGAGCUGCUCAGAGCUUCCAGAAGGGAGUUCAUUGCAAGGACCACAGUGAGCAGAUGAAGAAGGUUGAUUGUCCCAUGGUCCUCGCUUUCCCCCUCCUGGUCCCUGGCAUGCUUGCUUGGAGAUAGCUCCUUUCAGAGUCCUCCUCAAAUGCCUAUAAUUAUUUUAGACUUCCACUAAAGGGCUAAAGAAUACAUAUGAGUGGGGUGGGUAAACAAAACAGAGCCUGCUGGUCAGGACACACUGAGAGCAAUGUCCUAGGGAAUGUCAGUUCCAGACCAAGUGCCAAACAGUACCCAUCUGCCUCUGGAACAGCAAGUAGAUGGAAGUGUGUGUGUGUGUGUGUGUGUGUGUGUGUGUGCACGCGCACACACACAAGCAUGUGAUUACCAGGAUGGAGAAAAGAAGAUAAAAUUGCCUUCUGGAUGUUUACUGUGGAAGGAGUCAGGCAGGAAAGUAAAGGGAGAUGAUGGUAAGAUUAAAUCAGUCUGCAUCUGCUCUAUCUCAUUAACAAAUGUCAGGGCACAGCUAAGGUCUCCACCUGAUUUAAAAGGAAAAGCAUUCUGACUUAAGAAGCUGAAAAGCCACCCUUGCUUCCUUUGAACUUUCUUAUACAGCACAGCAUCUGAAGCUUCCUGUGUGACCAAGACAAGAACCCGUGCACAAGACUGAGAAACAGCAAGAAACAGCCUGGCACUCUGGCUUUCUCAGCGACUGAUACAUACUUUAAACCUUUCACCUUCCUUCUUCACCCCGCCCCUCCAAAAAGUCUUUAGUUCAAUAUAGACAUAUUUUGGCUGAGAGUAGAAUACCAUUGACCAAUGGGUUUUGCUGAAUUGUAGUGUUCUAGAAGCCAUAGAGUAGCCAUUUGGCCCAAUUCUUUUUCCUUUUUUAAUUUGAAAUACUUUUGUGACCAGCAAUGAUGCAAUUGCUGGUUUUCGACGUAAAUAGCGUCAUUUGCUGGACUUAGGAGAGAUCAUUAUCUAAACCACAAUUACUGUGGCCCUCUGAAUGAUAGACUGUCAAGUUGCUUUCUGUCCUCUUCCAUCUCUCUUCAGCCAGUAACCUUACAUCAUACGUAAUUUGUUCCAUGGAGUGGAGGGUCCCGGGCUCUGAUCAACAAGGUAUUGUGGCUGCCCUGAAGGUUCCCUGGCCACCAUGCUGGAAAUGGCCUUUCCUUUGAGCCAAAUGUUACAAUGAGGGAAAAAUGCAGUGCAGGAGGCCGGGGGCAUUAAAUCAACUUGUAAACCAGGAAGGUACUAUGUGCCUAGAAGCCACAUAGUACCACAUAGUAUCAGGAAGCCAAAGCAGGAAGGCUUCAAGGUGCGGGCUAGUCUGGACUAUCGGGUGAGUUUAAGAUCAUGUAAUGAGACCCUGCAUUUAAAAAAGAAAAUUACUCUUCAGUGUGUUCUAUAUUUUACUCAAAUUUCUGUGAAGCACUGAUUUUAUCCAAGGCACAAGUUUCCCCUUGCAAGGAGGCUGGGCCACUUGCAGGCUGGCAAGGGGUAGGUGACAGUGCUAUGCUGCAGAGGGGUUGUUGGCCCUUGAGGAUGACUGCUCUGCUCACGUUUCCAGCUCCAGCAUGUUCACCCUGGGUGCACAGCACCUCUACACAAAGGCUACAGAAACGCUUCUCCAGACCUUGGCUUUGUGUUAUACACAGUCAACACAAUAGUUGCUAAUCCUGAGAAGCACACAGAGGUCCAAAGGUAUUAUUAAAGAGAACAAAAAAAUAGAUAACAGCUUUCUGUUCUUGUUUAAAGUAUAGCACUCACUGCAUCUGAUUCUGCCCUAAAGAACUAACAUUAUAUCUGUGACAGCGGCUGCGUCAAGCCAAGCAAUGGUUAAGAACAGCUGGGGCAGUAAGCUUUAUCAAUGCCUGUGUAACAUCCCUCCAACUGUCUCCCCUCCAAGGCUACGAGACCAUUUUCCAGGGCUCCGGGAGAGCAUAUGGUUAUCUGGAAGUCCAGGCUAUGAUCAGCAGGUCCCCAGGAGAAGGGAAUAGCUACCAGUAUAUUUACAGCCUUGGGAAAACUCACUAGGGUAUCUCUCUAUAGCUGGGAACUCUAUAACACAGAGAAAGGGUUAUUAACAGGAGCUACAAACCUGCUGCCGGGGCCAUCCAGCCUCGUGGGCCCUCUCCUCGCCACCUCCUCCACCCCCUUUUUGUAUAGCUAGAAAGGUAUGAGAGAGGAAACCCACUGAAAACCCUUUACUCUCUAAAGAAUUCAGCCUUCCACAAGAGAGAGAAAGCCGCCUCACUGGUCCACCACACACCUGGACUGAGGCACCAUCCCAGUGGGCUUAACACUGUUUCCCCACAGGGCCAAGUCAGCAGACAAACAAAGGAACCUUUUCUUCAAUCAUUAUUUCGUAGCAAACAAAGCUGAGAGGAAAAAUAAAUAAAUCCGAAACUCAUUAUUCUUCAACUUUCAGAACAUCUAUGUGGAACCCACAGGGCCACACGGAGCAAAAGGCUGAUGCAUUCAAUAGCAUCGUAGAGAAGCGGAGCCUUGGAGGCUUUGUGGAGCCUUAUUUCUGCUACCGACAGAAUAAAAUUAAAAUAAGACCCACUGCCUUGAUUUUUUUUUUCCUUUUAAAGCUAAACCUACUUUGUGAAGGAAAUCCUCCUGCAACUUCAGGAAGAUCAGAGAGCUGUCGUCUCUGUUCCCUGGUCCACAGAGAGCAACCCUAGAAAGAGUAAUUACUUUCCCCUCACUGGAAAUCACCUGCAUUUGUUUUUGUUUGCUUUCUGUUUAGUGUUUGAGCAAUGUUAUAGAAUUUCAGGCCCGUGGAAGGAAUUGAAAAGUGGUUGAUACAGGAAUGUGUGUCUGAAAAUUCCCAUCAGCACUCAACACUGAGAUCCACUGUGAGCAGCUUUCAAACUGGUGUUAAAUUGGGUAGACGUCCCACUGCUUCCUGGGUCCAUGUGAUCAGAAAGUCCAAGUUUAAUGCAAUUAGGCAGGAGGGUGUUCCAUUCAGAAAAGUCCAUAAUAGUGUUCCUCUGCUGUCUCAGUUCAUGCCAACUUAGGGUAGAAACAAGGCCACAGUGAGACAGAAAAUUCUUCAUAAGAUAUCCCUACAGAGUCACCUUUCCAAUAGAAAGGAGGAAAAAUAGAGAUCUAGAAUAAGCCAGGACUCUCACAUGCAACUGUGGCUUCCAGGUGCAGCUCUUUCUUCCUCCUUUCCUUAAAUGCAGUCGCCCACAACCUGGCUUUUAAAAGUAGGGGUUGGCUAACUAAGCUCAGAUUGAGAAGUGAACCAUUCCCACGGACUCUUUGAGCCCAUCUCCUGAUCUGCUCUUCAGAAAGUGUUCCGUUCCAUCUGCAAAGCUAUUUACUACUGGGACAUAAAACAAAACCUGUUGUUUAUACCCUUGCUUUCUCUAGUCUUUCCUGUUCUUUUAUGAUUACCAAGUCAUCUGUUCAUACGUUCUAAAGAUAAAUUAUGUGAAAUCAUACUUUGGCAUAUGGGGAUGGAGAGUGAAUUCUUUACAAACUUUUUAAAGAUAAUCCCGUUUAUAUCACCGAAGACAUUUUGGAUGUUAUUGUAUAUGAGUAUAUAAAUUUUUCAUGUUUUAUUUUGCAUUAAAAUAAAGC